GUGAGUGAGUGGGUGAGUCUCGCUCAGCGCGCGCGGGUAAGCAGCAGCAUCAGCAACAGUUGUAAAUGUCCGUUACCUCCUAUCUAUCUGGGGGUACAAGCGCGGUACUGUUUUAAACGUAAAGGUGAUUGCCGUACCCCAGUGUCAUAUUGACGGGUCGAGUCCUCAGUCUGUGUUUGGGGACUACAACAAUUGGGUCGGCUGUCAGUUUUUGGAGGACUACGACGGUAACUGGGCCUUGUUAUCGGGCCUGCUUUAUAGAAAGUUGGUGAACCAGUGACAGUACGGUACAGCGUCCCUGUGUUGUAUCUACACCCAGACAACCUAACGGACGUGUUUCCAUUUAGACAAUUAGAUACCUAUAUAUGUCACAAUUUGCUUAAUGUCUGCGCGUACUUUUGUUAUUACGUAAUAGAAUUCUGACAGAGGAAGUCAACGUUUUUCCGUUUGGUCGGAGUCAUUUGGUGGGCUUUGUUUGUGCUAUUAGCACAGAUUUCCCUCAGAAGAUUUUCAUUGUGGUCGUUUUAGAGGGGAGGAGGUGAAAGGGAAAACACUGACAAGUGGAGGAACAACUGCGUUCAAUUGUGCCUCGUCAGUAUCGGAUUGUACAGGCUUUGAAAGCAGUAUUGGAGAAGGUGUCCACGGUUCAUGAACUUCGCCAUGGCGGGACUGGAAGCCUUGCAUUACAACUCCUCGAUUCUAGACUGGGAGGCAAUGGGCUAUGACGUAGUCCGCAUGAACUUUCCGGAAUGCAAAUUCGGAUUGCAGGUUCUGUGGGAUAAUGGAACCCCUAUCAUUCUGCACGCAGAAGAAGAUGUGCAGGAGAGCUACUCCAUGUGCCAAUCUCGGCUAACGUUACGACUUGUCAUCCCCUGGCUUAUCCUCGCUAUCGGCGUUCCUGCCAAUCUAGUGGCACUCUUCACGAUGCUGAGGAUGAAAAAGUCCACCGGAACUUGCUACGUCGCGCUCCUAGCGGCGGCAGAUAUGACCAAUAUCUUGGUCGUCUGUCCUCUACAAAUUUUUGGAUUUGGCCAAACGGAUGCGCUGUGCAAGAAAAACUUCUACUUCACCUUCAGGCGUGCGUGGCUUGCAGCUCUUAUCCUCGGAAUCGUUCUGCUCAUCCCAAACGCCGUCUAUUUGGCCACCGUCGGCGUGAGCCCAGAAACAAACAACGAGUGUGGGAUACUACCGGAGCACCUCGACGCCGUCCGGAAAUAUCUGAUCCCGACAACAAGCUACCUAUACGUGCCCAUACCCGCAGGGUUUCUCUUCCUCUUUAUCAUACUGAUCGCCGUAGAGCUCAGAAAACUACAGCGCUCCAGAGAGGAGAUCAUGGGAGCAAAGUCCUACAACUCGUCAAGCGGAAACGGAAAUAUUGUGUUGCAGCGUCAGCUAGCGGACCAAGCCAGGACUGAGCAUGCACUGACCAUUAUGCUACUCAUUGCAGCCUUUACCUUUGUCCUGCUCACACUUCCUCUGUUUCUUGUCACAGUCAAGGCCAUGCCCAGUUAUUUUAAAGUGGGCAAGAACCCUUUAUCUUCAGCUCGCUUUUUUAUGUUCCAUACCGUCGCAAAAGGGUUGGAGGUCUUCUCUCACGCCAUCAAUUUCUUCAUCUACUUCUUAAGCGCCAGGAAGUUUCGAUCAGAACUGUUGAAGAACUGGUGCUGUUUUAGAGCUAUUUGCCAACGGCUUCGAUGUUGUCCACCAGGUAUAAGCAACCACAGCGAGCAGGGUACUGAGCAGGACACAAUGAUGCAACUCGUCUGAAGAAAUCAGCGAGAGUCGAAGAAUUUUCCCCGUUGUAUGUUCAUUCUGCAUUCUUUAGCAGGGGUCACCAAAUCUUUUUUCUCCAAGUGGGCCUGAUAGUAAUUGAGAAAAUGCAGCGCUCAGGCUAGGUAGUUUAAUAUGUUGGAUGAAAUAUUUGGCACAUUGAACUCGAGCAAGAGUGUGAUACAUUAGCAAGAAGUUAAGAAAUAUAUUUAAGUACGUUUUGCUCUACAGAGUUUAUUGAAAUGAUUGAUUAUUUCGGUGACCAAGUCUUGAACAUACUUCAAACACAUCUCUCAAGUUGUUGGGUUUGUUUUGUUUUUGCUUCUCCAAUGUUGGCUUGCUGCCGACGAGCUGAUUCUGCGGAGCGGGAUACUUCCGGUCGGUUGUGUUUUGGUUACCCUUGUUCUAAGCGGGCGUCGAAUUCUUCAGAUCUGCCUGUUCAACCGCCUCGGGGUGACACCGCACUGUGUUGAUCCGACCGUUCAGCUACGUAUGGGGCAAACAAGGUGUUGUUAUUUGUUCAUCUAUUUUCGAGGCUCGGCUUAUGACUCUCAACUUUUUUAGAAAGGGUGGAUCUCCAUCCAGAAUACUAGAUCUCGAUGACAUCUGCCAUGUGAAAGUUGAGUGUUUAUAAAUCAAGGAGAGUGCAUUAUUUUCACAACUUUCUUGUCUUAACACUGUGUCGUACUGCAUCGAAAUUACUUGUCUGAGGAACGAGUGUCUCACAAUGAGUCCUCAUAAUGAGACCCAAAGAAGUGAUAGAUCAGAAUUCCUGUCUCUCUAAGACAAAAACUUAUGUCAUGUUACUGUCCAUCGUUAGCAUCAAAAGCUUGCCCGCUAGCUAGAGUGAACACUCAUCACAGUGUUGUUUUACAGUCAUUACGGAGAACAAAUAUUUUUCUUUUUGAUAUAGCUGUUCUUACAGCCAAUGUGUUCUUACAAUACAUUGUCAUUUUGAAUUAUUUAGGUGGGAUUGGACACUGCCUGCCAGGGCCAACCCAGCUGAGAGGAACACAAUGUUCCUGCAAAAUAGCCAAGAUAUUGAUUCUCCCCAACGAGAAUCGAACUGGGGUCCUCUGCAAGCAACGGUAAAGCGCAUAACUUAUGAAGAACAGACGCCAGUAAGGUGAGCAGAAGAGCAUUAUUUAUAGCAAACGUUUUGUGCACUGAAUCUAGCCAGGUAAAAAGGUCAUCUCGACUUUGCGUGUCUUGCGUUGUUUUGUACAAGGUUAGAGAAAAGAUAAUGUGCCGGUUGAUGCAUCGGUAUUUCACGUUUCCAGCAUAUGGGGGUUGAUCUAGUCAACGGAGUCUGCCCAGAUUUUACUCAUCUUUAUUUUUCGCUGUUUACUUUUCUCCCGAAAUACUUUAUCGCCAUCCUUAUGAGCCUGACAUUUUUCUAGAACUGACAAGUUCUGGCUUCAUAAGUUUAGAUCUGUAUUAUACUGUUAUGCAUUUUCGGUGAAGAGAUCAAUAAUUAUCAAAACGAUUUUCUUACAUGGAUCUUAACGGACUUUCCCGAGAGCCCUGACUUUGCAGAAAAGAGUCGUUGCCUCUCUGUAAAUAGUGGAUGUGUGUUUUACGCCCUCAUCAAUACAAUUUCGAUUAUUUCGGAGACGAGCUGUUUCGAAUCUGGCUGAGACUGAGAGGAAAACUAAGCCUCAGUUGUCUGAGGGAGAUACGCAUAAAAAUCUCCGCAUACAACAUUUGAACUCACGUCUUCGACAUAUUAAUAUUAUGACGGCGAAGUGCCGAGCCACUACACCACAGACAUCGGUGCCUGUUCCUCAGAGCUUGAUUGUUGUUGUGUUAACGGCUGAUUUCAACACAGCAGGAUUUCCAACGAGCGAGUUGUUGCGUUUUGACUGUGUUGGGACGCAGCCAGUGUCACUAAGCCGAGGAAGUUUGUAGAAAGCACUGUUCGGUCACAGCAGACGAGACUGUUUGGAGCUGUAAUAGUCUACUUAUCGAGUUCUGAGAUAAUGGCGCAUGUGACUAAUAAGAUUAAGCUUAGCUCACUGAAAAACGUUCCAACUGCUGUGAAGCCACCAACAGCACCUGGCACAAAAUGUUUCGCUAAAACAAGCAUCACUGAUUACUCAUCGACCUCAGUUAAACGAACUUCAAGCUGAGGAAAAGACAUAAUAAUAUUGUUUGUUUGAUCUAUCGAGUUUCUGUCUGUGCUGACGUGUUGUGCUCAACCUUUAACAUUUUCUCAGCCUGGCCGUGCGCUGUACAGUUAGUCACUUCUUGGUUUUUCGUACAAAAUCGUGCGAGAAUCCCAUAAUCGCGCAAAGCUUCAAAUGCAUCCCAGCCUUACACUUUUCGAGACGCGGAGUUGCCAAUGCAAUGGUACUAUACUCAUUGACUCACCAGAUUUCAAAGGCUGCCAUUUAGUGUCAAAUGUCAUGCGCACUAACACUGUUUCCCAUGAGUAUCCACUGCAUGUGCCAUUCCGUUAUGCCUAUAAAUAUUUUGGGCGCUUAUAGUGUUGUCCAGCGAUUAUUACAUAAUAUUAUAAUACAGUAAAUAUGUAUUUGAUACUAUGGUUUCAGACGCUAGAAAGACAAGUUUGAAAUUAUAGUAUGGUAUGGUACGGUACGGAUUCUUAAUGCCCUUGAACAUUGAUGAUUAUAUGAUUAUGGUACACGCCCCCCUUUUUAACUAUUUUAUAUCGAUGUUGGCCAUGACAUUUCGGUACUUCAGAAUUAAAAAGUUCUGACUGUUCAGUAAAUUCUGAUAAAUAUGAUGUCAUUUUUUAAACUUUUUUUUACAACAUGUUAAGGUUUUUUUCAUACAAUUCUUUGAAUAUCGUGAUGACGACUCCGAACAUUCUUACGAUUUUGAGAUAGAGCAUUAAUUGCUUUCUGAUCUCAAAAUGGCCAAACAUUUCAGAAAGAACUUUGUAUUCUGAGGUUUCGAUUUUAAGAAAGUUUUUGUUGUUGUUGUUUUUGGUUGUUGUUUUUUUUUUUUCAGAGUAAUGCACGAUCUUUUAUUAAUUAAAAUUUGUUUUGAUUCUGUUGGUGAUACGAAGACUUAAUCACUUAAUCACAAAGCAUAAUAAAGUUAUACUAAGAUUCCCGAAAGUAUGAAUUCACACACAGUUGCUGUACAUAACAAUUCAUCUGCAAUGAUAGCUUAGAAACAUUGUAUCCGCAUCCAUAUUUAAAUCCACACACACACUCCAAAAAAAAAAAAAAAUCACUUAAUUAAUUUUUUUGCUCCGGCUUUGUGAUCUAUCAUUAAAUUAGUGCUGUGUUCUUUGGAUUCAAAAUUUUGGAAGUCUGUAAAAUCAUAUUUGUUGCUUUGUUGAUGAAAAGCUAAAUCUCGUAUUGAUGAUAUCACUAUUCUGUGCCAUUUCAUUCAAGUUUGUUGCUUCACUUUACGAUAACGUUAGUUCUGAAGUCAUGGCACCUCUGUUGCUAUACUGCGUUCAAUAAAUUCCUUGACAAUCAGACUGUGGUUGGUGGGCGGUCCGUA